AUGGUGUCUUAUUUCCUGCGCUCCAGCUCUGUGCUGGGGGGCCGCAUGGGCUUCGUACACAACUUCCAGGAGAGCAACUCCUUGCGCCCGGUCGCCUGCCGCCACUGCAAAGCCCUGAUCCUGGGCAUCUACAAGCAGGGCCUCAAAUGCCGAGCCUGUGGUGUGAACUGCCACAAGCAGUGCAAGGAUCGCCUGUCAGUUGAGUGUCGGCGCAGGGCCCAGAGUGUAAGCCUGGAGGGGUCUGCACCCUCACCCUCACCCACGCACAGCCACCAUCACCGCGCUUUCAGCUUCUCCCUGCCCCGCCCUGGCAGGCGAGGCUCCAGGCCUCCAGAGAUCCGUGAGGAGGAGGUACAGACCGUGGAGGAUGGGGUUUUUGACAUCCACUUGUAAUAGAUGCUGUGGUUGGAUCAAGGACUCAUUCCUGCCUUGGAGAAAAGACUUCAACCAGAGCAGGAAGCCUGGGGGUGUUGGGGCAGGAAACUGGGGUUGGGGGUGGGAUAUGAGGGUGGCAUGCAGCUGAGGGCAGGGCCAGGGCUGGCGUCCCUAAGGUUGUACAGACUCUUGUGAAUAUUUGUAUUUUCCAGAUGGAAUAAAAAGGCCCGUGUAAUUAACCUUCA